CGAGAGCCCCGCCUUCCACCCAGGGUUUGAAUAUAAGGGAACGUUCCUUUCACGUUUAGUGCCCAGUAGAUCUGCUACAUCGUAACUAGUCAACAAACGUUAAACAAAUAGAAGUUAGACAUCACGCGUAAGAAAUGAAUAUGGAUUCAGAGUGCAACAUGGCUCCAGUGACUUCCGGAAACGGCAAACUUCGCCAAUGGUUGAUCGACCAGAUUGACAGUGGUAAAUAUCCCGGUCUGGUCUGGGAGAACGAAGACAAGACGAUUUUUCGGAUUCCUUGGAAACAUGCUGGCAAACAGGAUUAUAACCGAGACGAGGACGCGGCGCUUUUCAAGGCUUGGGCACUUUUCAAAGGCAAGUUCCGUGAAGGAAUUGACAAACCAGAUCCACCAACAUGGAAAACUAGACUACGAUGUGCCUUAAAUAAGAGCAAUGAUUUUGAUGAGUUGGUUGACCGGAGUCAACUUGAUAUUUCAGACCCAUACAAAGUGUACAAAAUUAUACCAGAAGGGGCCAAAAAAGGAGGAUCAAAACAAGUAAGCAUGGAAGAUCAACAGAUACUAGUCAAUCAUCAUUCUUACACUUCAUAUCCAUCUAUGCCACCUCAGCUACCAAACUACAUUGUACCACAUGAACGCAGCUGGAGAGAAUUUGAACAGCCACAUCCAGAACUCUCCUAUCAAUGCUCACCAGUGCCAUUUGCUCCACGAAAUCAUCAUUGGCAAGGACCUGGUUGUGAAAAUGGUUAUCAGGUAACUGGGUCAUUUUAUGCUUGUGCACCUGCUGAGUCACAAGCACCUGGUAUUCCCAUUGAAGCUAGUAUGAGAUCUGGUGAAGCACUGGCCCUUUCGGACUGUCGGCUACAAAUUUGUUUGUAUUAUCGAGAUACCCUGGUGAGAGAUGUGACAACUACAAGCCCUGAAGGUUGUAGAAUAGCCCAUGUCCAUGAUGAUAAGCCAUUUGCAGCUAGCAACAUAGAUCAGGUGCUGUUUCCUUAUCCAGACAGCAAUGCACAGCGCAAGGGUAUUGACAAGCUUCUCAAUCACUUGGAGAAGGGAGUCCUGCUGUGGAUGGCACCUGAUGGUCUCUAUGCCAAACGAUUGUGUCAGAGCAGAAUCUACUGGGAAGGACCUUUAGCACCAUACAGUGACAGGCCCAACAAGCUGGAGAGAGACCAAGUCACAAAACUGUUUGACACACAACAGUUUCUAAUAGAGCUGCAAAGCUGUGCAAAUCAUGGGCGUACAUUCAUGCCAAGAUACCAAAUUGUAUUUUGUUUUGGAGAAGAAUUUCCUGAUCCACAAAGAUCGCGAAAACUUAUCACAGCACAUAUCGAGCCAGUGUUUGCCAAGCAGCUUUAUUACUUCACUCAGCAGAACAGUGGACAUCUGCUCAGAGGGUUUGAAAUGCCUGAUCAUGUGAACAGUGCAGAGGAUUAUCAUAGAUCUAUUCGACAUUCAAUCCAAGACUGAAAGUUUGAAGACCCAUUGAUUUAAUUAUGAUACUCAAGAUGACUAAGGAAAACCACAAAUCCAACAACUUCUGCCAUUUCAAUAAAGAGAAUUAUCCCCUUUUGUAUUCUGUCACCCUGCGAAAGCAUGGAUACCAGGAGAAACUCAGUCAGCUGCUGAAGAAUGUCAAAGCACUGUCCUGUCAAUAUUACAUUGAGUGAUGAAUCACUGUGACAUAGACUCCCAAGAGAUGAUUGCUGUGGUCAUUUUACUGUUUAGGAAUGAAAACCGAUGAAUUUGGCUAGUUUUUAUCAGAGCACUUUGUGCUAUCCAGUGCUAUUCUUGCAGGUAAAUGUAUUUAUUUUGGAGUUGUGAUUCUCAGGGAAGUUCAUACCGUUUGCAAUUUUACAUCUGAGAUGUGGAAGAGACUUCUGGGAUAUAAUAUCCCAAAUUAGCAUGCAAUUCAAAUUUCUCAGAAAUGUUUCAAUAUAUGUUUAAUUUUCUAAGCUGUUAAACAGAUUUUUUUCUAAUAAAAAUAAAGCUUUUGACAAGUA